CAGGAUGGAAAAAGUCCUGUAGAAGUAACAGGGGAAAUUACUGGUCUGAAUAAAGGUCUGCAUGGUUUCCAUAUUCAUGAAUUCGGAGACAAUACUAAUGGGUGUAUCUCUGCCGGGGCUCACUUCAACCCUCUGAAAAAAGAUCAUGGUGGUCCAGACCACAGCGUUCGUCAUGUCGGAGAUUUGGGAAAUAUUGAAGCAGGAGAUAAUGGUGUAGCUAAAGUACACAUCACGGACAAGCUCAUUUCCUUAGAAGGAGAGUUCAAUAUCGUUGGUAGAACAGUUGUUGUUCAUGGUGAUCAAGAUGAUUUAGGUCAAGGUGGACAUGAACUUAGUAAGACUACUGGUAAUGCAGGAGCAAGAUUGGCCUGCGGAGUUAUUGGUUUGGCUAAAAUCUAAUUGAUGAAAGCUCACUCUUGAAUAUAAUUUGUUUUAAAGUUCUAAUGUUUUAUUGUUUCAUUAAAAUUUCAGUGAAAUUGGUUUGGAAAUAAAAAAAGUUUCGACUA